CACCUCUACGCGUUCUGGCCGUAGUAUCUGAGCAAUUUUUUCUACAGACUUUUUCUAUCUAAUUCCAAAAAAGAACUUCGAGUUCAUUCACAACCGUCAUCAUGGGUAAGGAGGACAAGACUCACAUCAACAUCGUCGUUAUCGGCCACGUCGAUUCCGGCAAGUCCACCACCACUGGUCACCUGAUCUACAAGUGCGGUGGUAUCGACCAGCGUACCAUCGAGAAGUUCGAGAAGGAAGCCGCUGAGCUCGGUAAGGGUUCCUUCAAGUACGCUUGGGUUCUUGACAAGCUCAAGUCCGAGCGUGAGCGUGGUAUCACCAUCGACAUUGCCCUCUGGAAGUUCCAGACCGGCAAGUAUGAGGUCACCGUCAUUGACGCCCCCGGUCACCGUGACUUCAUCAAGAACAUGAUCACUGGUACCUCCCAGGCUGACUGCGCUAUCCUCAUCAUUGCCUCCGGUACUGGUGAGUUCGAGGCUGGUAUCUCCAAGGAUGGCCAGACUCGUGAGCACGCUCUGCUUGCUUUCACCCUCGGUGUCCGCCAGCUCAUCGUUGCUCUCAACAAGAUGGACACCUGCAAGUGGUCCGAGGACCGUUACAACGAAAUCGUCAAGGAGACCUCCAACUUCAUCAAGAAGGUCGGAUACAACCCCAAGGGUGUUCCUUUCGUCCCCAUCUCCGGUUUCAACGGUGACAACAUGCUCGAGCCCUCCCCCAACUGCCCCUGGUACAAGGGUUGGGAGAAGGAGACCAAGGCCGGCAAGGUCACUGGUAAGACCCUCCUUGAGGCCAUCGACGCCAUCGAGCCCCCCGUCCGUCCCUCCAACAAGCCCCUCCGUCUUCCCCUCCAGGAUGUCUACAAGAUCUCCGGUAUUGGAACUGUUCCCGUCGGUCGUGUCGAGACCGGUAUCAUUGCCCCUGGUAUGGUCGUGACCUUCGCUCCCGCCAACGUCACCACUGAAGUCAAGUCCGUUGAGAUGCACCACCAGCAGCUCAAGGAGGGUGUCCCCGGUGACAACGUUGGUUUCAACGUCAAGAACGUUUCCGUCAAGGAGGUUCGCCGUGGUAACGUUGCCGGUGACUCCAAGAACGACCCCCCUCUUGGCUGUGAGAGCUUCACCGCCCAGGUCAUCGUCCUCAACCACCCCGGUCAGGUCGGCGCUGGUUACGCUCCCGUCCUGGACUGCCACACUGCUCACAUUGCUUGCAAGUUCGCUGAGCUCCUUGAGAAGAUUGACCGCCGUACCGGAAAGUCUGUUGAAUCUGCCCCCAAGUUCAUCAAGUCCGGUGACGCUGCCAUCGUCAAGAUGAUUCCCUCCAAGCCCAUGUGUGUUGAGGCUUUCACUGACUACCCCCCUCUUGGUCGUUUCGCUGUCCGUGACAUGCGCCAGACUGUUGCUGUCGGUGUCAUCAAGGCUGUUGAGAAGAAGGAGGGCGGUUCCGGCAAGGUCACCAAGGCCGCCCAGAAGGCCGGUAAGAAAUAAGCUGGUGCAGGGUGAAAAUGGCAUGAUGAACCUUUGAUGAUCAAACAAAACAAUGCAAUUACGGAAUUAGACUUUAAGUUUAUGUAGUUGAUCCUACAAAACUUGAAUUACGACUCGUUUCGUUCAUUUAACUCGCAGCGUAGGCAUUUUUGUAGCGUUUUCCGUUUUCGGCGACAUGAAGCUGAAGUAGUUCUACAUCAAAAUCUUAGUAAGCCGUCAGCGGUGGCUGACUAAUCACAUCACCAACCACUCAGUGCUUCUGCUUAGACGUCCCCCGCAUCGGAGAACUUCGACAAACAAAAGACAUAUCG